GCCUCCCUCUGUCGGUGUGACCGGCGCGGGCCGGGGGCGCUAACCGCUCCAUUGGCCGAGUCCUCCCGCAGCAUCCGCAAGGCAGCUUCUCAGGCUCUCGCUCCGGUUUGGUCUGUUAAUCCCCACCCGAGCUUCCGAGUGCCGUCACCCACGCCGUCCCCGUCGGGAGUCCCGUAGCAGGAAGACGUUCAGUAAAACUUGAAGCUGGAAAGCAUAUAUUUCUUCUUCCUGGGAGGGGGCAGAGGGUGAUUCAUUUGCCCACUCAUUCGUCAAAAAGCCCUAGCUAUGCAGCCACCUGAAGGCCAGAGAGCAACACUCCCAGAUCCUGGGGACAAACAUGGGCUGCUUAUCAUUAAUGUCAUUCAAAGAACCAGGUUUUUAAGCACCAGUCAGUCCUCAGGAGGACCAAGAGAUAAUCAAGGCGAUGUCUUCCCCCAGACUCAUUCCCCUGUGGAAUGAUUUUAAAAAAAGCGUAAAUGAAAUUGUACACAAUAGCAAGAAAGCUGUAGAUGACCCAAAGAAUAAUCUAGUUGUGCUGAGUGACCAGUCCCAGAUACUGUUCAAAGAGUCUCGCUAUCCUCAAAAUAUGCCAUUUAUCUGCCAUUACUACAUUGACGCCUACUUCUUUGCCUCCAUCUCUUGGGCGACACCACACACAAGAGAAAUACUGGCUGUCGUAUGGAUGAUGAGCAAAACUGACGACAUGGUGGAGAAGAGAAUAUUCCCCAUGACUGAACGACUGCCACCCAUUCAGUCCAUGGUCCACACAGGUUCCUUUCAUAUCAUUGUGGCUUACUGUGGUGACAUGGUUCUGCGGCUCUUUGGGGACCACUUUCGGGCAUUCAAACCCCUAAGUAUAGUGCCAUGCCGCUUCAACAUCAGCUGCCUCUGCUAUGACCCGGAAAUGCAAAUGCUCUUGUCUGGCAUCCAGGGGGCAGUGGUCGUCUGGGUCAUUGAGCGCAGUGGCAAGGGCCUGCAAAUUGCCAACAUAGUUUCCAUGUCUGGGGAGGAGCUUAUCCAGGACAUCGUUCUGAAUGGCCCCAGCGACUCCCUUCUAGCCCUGUGUGAGACUGGGGUGAGGGUCCUCGAGCGCGUGGGCUGGGGCCGGCUGGAAGAGGUAAAGUGGUUCACUUCCACCCGCAGUGGCUCCUUCAUCACCUGCUGCUUCACCUGUUCUGAACAGGGCUUUCUGUAUGCUGGAAACCAGGCUGGGGAAAUCCAAGUAUGGACCCUUGGUCAAGGCCAGUCUCUCCACAGCUUCAAGGCUCAUCAGUCAACCGUGCUCUGUAUCCGCAGCCGGCCAGAGGCCCACACGCUGCUGACAGCUGGCAGUGAAGGCUUAAUCAAGGAGUGGAACCUUACUUCCGGGAACCUGCUGCGGCGGCUAGAACUUGCAGAGGAGCUGUGUCGACUCCAGUUUAUUGAUGAUGUUACUUUCUUCUCCCAAACCACCCACAGUUUCUCCCUGCGCCGUCUGCCCUGCUUCUAUAGCCUCUUCAACGUCUGCGGUUCUGCUCCUCAGCAGGUAUGUCGGGUCCGCUGUAGAGAGAACUGGUUCCGGAUCCUGUGCACUACCGAGGAUGGCUUGUUGCGCUUUUUGUCCCCAUUAACAGGGAAUCUUCUGAUUCUUACCUGGCCCUUCUCAAUGCUGGACAAGGCUGUGGAUUGGGCCUAUGACCCAGUUAAAGAGGAGCUCUUUGUAGCAACAGGCAGUGCAGACGUGCUGGUAUUUGACACAGCCCGCUGCCCUUGCCCAGCCAAGUACCUCAUACGCACCUCAACAAAUCCUAAGGACUUUGUACAAUGCCUGGCUUAUGGGCAUUUCAAGCUGGGGCGGGGUCUAGAAGGACUGAUGUUCUCUGGGCACCAGAGUGGUACAAUCAGAGUGCUUUCGAAGCACAGCUGUGCCCGAAUAGAGAGAUUCAUGCACUACGGGGCUGUACUGGCACUCUCUACGCCAUCUGCAGGGCUUUUUAGUGGCCAAGGAAACUUUUACCUCUGUUCCUAUGGAAUGGAUAAUUAUAUACACCUGUCAGAAGCUGUGCUCCAGGGGGUCAGAGUACAACUACAGCUCCUCGCCAGCAUUCUCAGCAGCUGUCACCUAAACCACCUGAUGCUUUUGCCCAAGUCUGUUAGUGCCAUCACAGAGACUAACUGCCUGCGUCUCUGGAAGUUCCAUGAUCUUAUGUCCUCUGGGUUACAGAAUAGCUCGAUGUUCAUAGAAACACUGCCUCUGCACCAGUGUGCCAUCAGAUCCUUUGAUGUCUGUCUGUCCUUGAAUCUUUUUGUCACAGGUGCUGUGGAUGGCACUGUCCGGGUCUGGGACUUCCAUGGUAGACUCAUAGCCAUGCUGGACUCAUCACUGAACUUUGGCCCACUCUGUUUUGCAAAUGACCGGGGUGAUCUGCUUGUGACUUUCAACCAGAGUCUUUAUCUGAUUUCCUCUUUAAAACUGUUUCCUCCAAACCUGCUGGCUCGCCUUUCCUUUUUGAGUAUAACAGAUGAAGUACUAGAAGCCCCUAAGCCCUUCAUGCCAAGCUUCUUCUUCUCCUUUGAGACCAUCUUUGUGCCCACUUAUAUUUACACAGGGCAAAGGCAACAGCAAUUAAUGGGUCUGGUGAGCCUUGUCAAUAACCGGGCCAUUGCCUUUGACCUUUCUGUGCCACAUGUCAUAGAAGAAGAUGAGGAAGGGAAUCAAAUAGUACUUUGUACCCCUACAUAUGAUUAUUUGCAGGCGACAGAAGCUGAUCGGAGGCAGAUGAGCAAAACUCCCCAACACCAUUAUGUGAUUCCUCCCCAACUAGAGAUAACUAGCUGGGAUGGACUCAACCCCUAUAAGAUAUUGCGAUGCUACUUUGGUCAAGGGCGGGAAUGGCUCCUUGCCCCUGAUUGCUACAUGCCCAACUCAGUGAUUCGUGCCCGUCUUUGGCCAGAGGGCAGCCCGAUAUACCUACAGUGCAGCCUGCACCCACCCCAGCGGGACCUGGAAUGGAGGAAGUCUCAAUUUUUCUUCUGGCACAGCAGGGUAAGAGCUAUGGGUGACGUAGGAGAACCCUCAAAGGAGAAGGAGGAUGCAGACUUCCUAGAAACGAGACUAUCCAAGGAUGUAACCUACAAUGUCCUUACAGAUGGAACAAACCAAAGUUGGCUGGGAAGAAAGAUGAGUGAAGUAGCUGUUAAUAGCCUGAUUGAGGCAAUCCUCAAUAUUAUGAUUCAUGCCUCUCCACUGAAGUUCCAGUGCUGCGUUGGUGCCCUAGGGCAAAUCUUUGCCUCUUACCAGGUGUCUCCAUCCCUGCGCUCUGAGACAGCCCGUCAUCUGAUGGAUGAGACAACCAAUUCUAACCCACAGAUCCGAGAACUAGCCUGGGAAGGGCUGAAGCGUCUAGGAAUGAUUACUCAUCUCUUUGCCAUGCCUCUGGCAAAUGGAUUAAUGGACAAGGACCAAAGAGUGAGGAUUAAGGCCCUGAAUCUCAUGCCUGAUACUGGAAUCCACACUAAGUCCUCACUCUUAGAGUUGAUCCAGAAACGAGACGUUUUCCGAGACAUGCAGCAGGAGAUGAUCGGGGAGGAAACCUUGGACCACCUGCUGGGGAUACGGCCCGCAGAUCUCCAGAUCCUUCAGACACAAGUGGAGCGGCGACUGAAUGAGGACCUGACCUUGUCACAUGGAGAAGAAAAGGCUUUUACUUUAGAUGUCUCAAAGGCUUCUGAACUUUCAUCCUUUCUCGUACAUCCUCCCCAAGUUUCUGAAGAAACCGAAGCCACCAAGCACAUCAAAGCCCAAAGACGGGGUCGACCAGGGGGCAAAAAGCCUACACGAAAAUUUUUUCGGGUUUUCAAGAAGAUAAAAGAGGAAGAAGUCCCAGAGGCAAGUCCCCCAGAGGGUGAAGGCAGUGAGAGUGAAGCUCUACCAAUUGACAUGGAGGAAGCACCCAGCCCUUCCAGGUCUUCAAUCAGCAGUAUCAGAAAGGUCUCAAAAGAUGCUGAGGAUCAAGAGAAAGAUGUCUCAAAGGAUACCUCUGCAUUGGCCCUGACGAUGCUGAGGACAGUGCGGGACAAAGGAGGCAAAAAAGGAAAAGCUAAGAGGCAAAAGAAGAAGAGAAAAGAAUCCGAAGUUAUAACUGGGGGAAUUCCACCUCCUGAGCAGGAAGAACCAGUUAUUACAAAGAUUAAAAUCAGAGGGCGAGGUGCCGCUGGAGCACCUGGUCGCAAGACUGUCUCUGGAGAUGGCUCAUGGCGGGAUGAUCUGUGUCGUCUUAUGACCUUGAGGAUAUCUGGUUCCCAAACAAAAAUGUCACAAGAUUUAAACAAUGAGCUAGUGACUGUAGCUCAGGAGAUGUUAGUAGAUCGGCACCCCAGCUGGGAACUCUUUCAGGAGAUCUGCCCCCUGUUGAAGAAAGGAAGCCAGGCUUCGCUUGAUUACCUUGAUUGGGAUGUAGUCUGGCCAGGGGAAAAACCAAUUUUUUUCCAUGAAGAAGCAAUUAGAGAGGAAAUGGUGAUCAGAGACAUGGAAGAGUUACAAGAGGAAGAAGAAGAAGUGCAAAAAGAAGAAAGAGACAUGCAGGACUUGGAGGCAACUCAAGUGAUUUCUAAAAAAGGCAAGAAAAAGAAAGUGGUAUUUUUAGAACCAGUUGACCUAACCAAGAGAAAACGAAUAUCAAAGAAAGAAGAGAAGAAAUCCUUUAAGAAGUCACCUAAGCAAGAGAGGAAAACACUUGAGCAGGAUAGAAAAAUGGACCAAAAAAAGAAGGAAAUUAUCAAAGAAGAAGAGGGUGUGAGUGAGAAAGUUAAGGAAAUUGGCAAACCAAAGGAGGAAGUGGUUGAGCAAGAAGUAAAACCAGUUAUGGAUGUGAGGAAGCUAUCUUGGCAGGAGUGGAAAAAGUCCUGGGAACGAUGGAAACAGGCUCGAGGUGAGACGAGAGCAUCCUGGAAUGAAUGGAAGCAAUUUUGGGAGAGUAAGUAUCUUCGGGAAUUGGAGAAACUACCCCAGGCUGAAGAGAAGCUACUCCAAGAUGAAGAAAUGCUGGAGAGGGACAAAUGGAAGCUGGAAUGGGAUGAGUGGAAACAGGCCUGGGAGGAUAUACUGUCAUCAAGGGCCAAGGAGCAUCUGUACGAGGAUGAGGAAGAAGUGACUCAGGAGGAGGAAAUAUCUCAGAAAGGAGAAGUAUCUCAGGAAGAAGAAGUAUCUCAGGAGGAAGAAGUGACUCAGGAAGAGGAAGUGUCUCAGGAAGAGGAAGUGCCUGAGGAGGAAGAAGUGUUUCCGGAGGAGGAAGAAGUGUUUCCGGAGGAGGAAGAAGUGUUUCCGGAGGAGGAAGAAGUGUUUCCGGAGGAGGAAGUGACUCAGGAGAAGGAAGUGACUCAGGAGAAGGAAGUGACUCAGGAGAAGGAAGUGACUGAGGAGGAGGAAGUGACUGAGGAGGAGGAAGUGACUGAGGAGUGGGAAGAAAAAGAAGGGCCGGUCACAGAAGAGCAGAGAAAGAUCCAGGAAGAUCAGAAACAAGCCAGAAUACAGAGGAAUCAAGCCCAAGCUAAAAGAAGUCUAGCCAAAGAAGAGAGGAAACUAGCAGAAGAAGAAGAGAAACUUGCAAAAGUAGAGAGACAACUGGCCCGCGAAGAGAGAAAACUGGCCCAUAAACAUGUGAAAAUGGUCCUGGGAGACGCGAAAACGGCCCAGGUAGAGAGGACUUUUGCCCAGAGAGAGGAAAAAUUGGCCCGAAGAGCGGAAAAGCUAAGCUGGGAAGCAGAGAAAUUGGCCCAGAAAAGUAAGAAACUGGCCCAGAAAUUGGAGAAACUGGCUACAGAAGAAGAGAAAUUAGCAAUAAAAGGUGGGAAACUGGCAGAGAUAAAAAAAAUAUUGAUCCGGAAACUGGAAGAGCUGGCUGACAGGGAACAAAAUCUGGACCGGCAAGAAAAGGAGCUGGCCCAGGAAUUGGAGGAACUGGAAAGUGACAUAGAGGAACUGGCCUUGAAAGAAGAGGAACUGGAUCAGGAAAGGGAGACACUGGUUAAGAAAAAGGAGAAACUGGAUCAGCAAGAGAAGACACUGGCCUGGCAAGAGAAAAAACAUGCUGAGGAAGAGAAAAAACUGGCCAAGGAAGAAGAGCUGCUGAUCCAGGAAGAGGAGGCACUGGCCCAGAGCAAGCAAAAAAUGCCUGAGAUAGAGAAAAGACUGGCCCAGAAAAGGGAGCAAUUGAAUGAGAAAAAGGAAAAACUGGCCCAGGAAAGGAAAAUAUGGGUCCAGAACAAUGAAGAACUCAUAAGGAACAAGAAGGUAUUGGCCCAGAGAGAGAAUAAUAUGGCUCAGGAAAAGAAGAAUCUGGCUAAGAAGAAGGAAAAAUUGGCUCAUAGGAAAGCGAACCUCUUCUUUAGCAAAGAAGUACUCACCCAGAAGAGAGAGCACUUAGUAAAAGUAAAGGAGAAAGUGGAGAGGUACAUGGAGAACCUGGCUCGGAUGGUGGAGAAGCUGAGACAGGACAAGAAUAUAUUGCUCCAGAAGAAGCAGAAACUGGAUGAUGCAGAGAAAGAAUUGGUCCAAGCAGAGGAAAGUCUGGCUGAGCAAAAGGAGAAAUUGGCCCAGGAAAGAAUGAAAUUAGCUAUGGAAAAGAAGGCAUUUUUCCAUGAAAAGAAACUUCUCCGAGGAGAGUUGGAUGUUGCUAAGGAAGAAGAGGCAUUGAACCAGGAAUUGAAGAAAUUGGCCCAAGAGAAGCUGAUACUGAUCGAGGGAAAGGAAAUUCUUCCCAAGGGAAAGACUAAAGAAACUUCAAGACAGAAAAAACUGACUAAGGAAGAAAUAGAAUUAAUUAUGAGAAGGUUGUCACUACAGGAGAAGAUAUUGGUAUAUGAAGAUAGGAUGUUGGCCACAGAGGAAAGGAACAUUGCCAAAGGAAAACUGGAACGUACUAGAGGACAGAGAAUAUAUGCCCAGGAAGAAAGGAAGUUAGCCAUAGCAAUAAGAAAGUUGGCUGAAAAAAAGAAGGGCAUUUCUGAGGAACCAAAAAACAUGAACAAAGUCUUACAGGUACUUCAAAAACUAAUCAGUGAUGAAAGGGAAUUAACCCAGAAAGAAAUAAAGAUGGCAAGGACAAAGAGGACACUCUGUUUUAAGGAAAACAAAUUGCAACAGGAACAGAGUAGACUUGAUAUCAGAGAGUGGGAUGUUUCUCAGGAACAAUCAGAAAUGACCAAACAGGAGAAGAAACUGGCUUGGAAGCAGAGAAAACUGGCCAAAGAAAUAAGAAAAAUGAUAAGCAAAGAAGAAAAAAUGACUGAGGAAGAAAGCAUAUUGGCCAAGAAACAAAAUGAGAUCAUGAUACAGGAUGAAGAAGAAGUAGAAGAGGAAGAAAAGGUAGUCCCCUUUCUUAAACGAAGAAGGAGAAAAAGAAAGGAGGAAAAGAGAGUUGAUACACCAAAGGAAAAGUUUCCCAGUAAAUUGCGUGAGCAGGAAAGAGACGAGCUCUUUUCUGAAGAAAUAGAAAGCCUAUUAGAGGAAAUAGAGAAAGAGAUUUUGUCUGAGGAGGUGGAAGAGGAGGAGGAAGAAGAGGAAGAAGAGGAAGAGGAAGAGGAGGAGGAGGAGGAGGAAGAGGGGGAAGAGGGGGAAGAGGAGGAGGGAGAGAAGCAAAAGGAGAAGGAAAAGAGGGAGAAGAAAAAGAGGAAGGAAAAGAAGAAGGAAAAGAAGAAGGAAAAGAAGGAAAGGAAGAAGAAGGUAGUGCGGGAGAAAGAGGAGAAGGAAGGAAGCAUAAGCGAGGAAGACAUGGAAAGUUUGAGUGAGGGGGAAGAGGAGAUAAGCUCAUUGGAAGAAGAGGUAGGCAAGGUAAAAAAGAUCCUCAAAAAAGAAAAACAAUUUAAGUUACAAGAAGAAAAAAUAAAGAGCCAAAGAGAAAGGCAAAUAAUCCCUUCCAUUGGAAAAGGAAUCCCUCAUAUCAAAGGCAGUUCUAUGAAACUGGGAGUUCUAAAAAGCCCUAUUAAGAAACUGAUCUCAAUGUCUCUAGAGAUGGCAAGGAAGACACCAGUGCCAGUGUCAGCAGUGGUGCCAGUGUCAGCAGUGGUGCCAGUGAAAGAAGUAUCCCUGGAGGACCAGAAGGCCAUAGCACAGGAGAUGGCCAGGAAAUUGUCAAAGACAAGGCUUAUGGAUAAAAAAAGAGAACUGUUGGAGAAAUAUAAGUCCAUAUCUCUACAUAUUCCAGAUAUAUCUUUGGAGUCCCAGGAACAGGACUUAAAGACCCCAUUCAUAUCCCACAUAUUUAGAAAGACCAUGGAAGCUCAGAAAUUCCAACACAAACCACCACAUGCCCGGUGGAAGUGGUUUCUGGAGCAUCAUCCACCUCGGAUGAGAAAGACUAAGGCACACUUACCUCCCUCCCAACAAAUCGUGGCUGAGGAACAUCAAGACAUAAGCCUUUCAGAUGUAAAGUGGAUCCACCAUGUCCUAGAACAGAUGGAAGCAGGAGAACAGCCUUCCAGGGAUAGUUUCCACAGAUUGUGUCAGCUCCUCAAAGACCUCACCUCAAAGGGAGACUUGGAUUGGCUGCAUAUGGCCAAACUUGAAGCCAUUGUGUACCGUCACAGGCAGGCCCUAGAAGCACAAAGUACAAGGAUCUCAAAACCCAGUAAGGAGGCCAUGAGUCCAAAAUACCUGAAAGUGAUUCCUCCUAUAAAAGGAAAAGAAAAGGAGAGUUGGCUAAAACCUUUGGCUGUCCCCACACCCAAGUCUCCAUUAGCUACCAAAAGGAUUCCAGACCCAAAGGCUAUAAACUGGCAUCUUCUAGGAGAGCCUUACAGAAGUGAGCGAGCAGAGCAGAUAUCCACCGCUCUCAGAGAGAUGGAAAUGCAAUACCUUUAUCCUGACACAAGAGACAUUUUUCCAGGUGCCCAUGCCUCUGUGGAAAAACAAACCCUAGCACUGAUGUUUCAGAAGGACUUCUGGGAUUUUAAGGAUAAGGGAAGGUUUCCCAAAUUGCCCAAGUUAGAGAAGAAGACACAGCCCAUCUCUAAAAAAAAGGAAGAGGUUCCUCUAUGGGAGACCUUUGUGGCACUGUACCAUGUCUUGCGGAUGCUGCAGCAGCGAUAUGCAAAAGACACCGCUGCUUGGAUGGAACAGUUCUACCGUCUUAUGGACCUGUACCAACUUAAGUCUCCCCAAAUCCGUAGGCUGCUACAGGAGCUGCUAAUGAGAGAUGAACCUCAACCCCAAGAGAUUAUCUACAAAGAGGCCCUAAAGGCCACAGAGCUAGCUCCUGGGGAGCGACUGUUCCACUGCCUGUUUUGUGGUGGCUCUCAUACCCCUAGAAGCACUCAGGUGUUCCAGGAUGUGGUACCCCUCCCUGGGAAGAACAAUGUGCGCACCAUCCUUCCCACAGGCAUUGCCCGUUAUGGGAUCUUAGAACUUGCGUGGAAAAGCCUGCCUCAAGCUGAUAUUCAUCUCACCAAGGAAUUGCCCCACGUCAUUCCUCCCGCUCCCUAAUUUGGGACUGACUAGAGGUCAAGACUCUUUAUUCUCAACUGGAGAAAUGCCUGGCCACCAAAAUCUAGACCUUCAUCUCUAGGCCCACACAGAGGUGGGGCCAGGUCAAAGUCCUCUCCUUACGCAGCUCUAGAAACCAGCUUCCAUAUGUGGAAUAAAGAGGAGGUUCUUGUCUGUAA